CAGUCUCUGCCCCCUCCCUGUCUCAUUAGACUGACCCCUGGCCCUCUCCUCCCACUCCUCAUUGCUCUUCCGUGAUCACAGUUUGUUUUUUAUGACUUUUUAUUUUGUUUUGCAAGAAGAGGAGAGUCCCUGGUGCGGGGCAGCUGGUGCCCCCCCUCCCUGUGUGCCAGGACCCCAGCCCUGCCUGAGCUUCACCCUGCAGGCUACAGUCACCCCUUUUGGUGAUCCAGGUUCCGGGGUUCAGCAUGGACCCCGUGUGGCUGUUCUGGUGCGCCAUGAUAAUUCUCGCCCCUCUCCUCCUGAUGGGAAUUAGCAGCACCUUCAAGUUCCAUUUUAAAGUCUUCUCCUACUGCGUGUUAUGCCUCAUCCUGUCUGCGCUGGCAGUGCCCGUGUGCCUGUGGAAGAGUGGCGGAAGGUCGGUGGAGAAUAUGAUGGUAAUCCGGGCCUUUGUGCGGACCAUGAAGUACGUUUUCGGGCUGCGGUUUGAGGUGAAGGGCCUGGAGAACUUUCAGUUGGAUGGGCCCUGUGUCAUUAUAUCCAAUCACCAGAGUAUCCUGGACAUGAUGGGUCUGAUGGAGAUCCUGCCAGAACGCUGCGUGCAGAUCGCCAAGAAGGAGCUGCUGUUCGCUGGCUCGGUGGGAAUGGUCACCUACCUGGGAGGCGUCAUUUACAUCAACAGGAAGCGCACAAGCGAUGCCAAAACUGUCAUGGCGGAGGUGGCACGAGCCAUGAUAGAUGACAACUUAAAGGUUUGGGUGUAUCCCGAGGGGACUCGAAACAACAGCGGCGAUUUCCUUCCAUUCAAGAAGGGGGCAUUCCACCUCGCUCUGCAGGCAAAGGUUCCCAUUAUCCCUGUGGUGUAUUCCUCAUUCUCCAGCUUCUAUAACAGAGAGAAGAAUCUUUUCACAGGAGGAAAAAUAAAAGUAGAAAUCCUUCCAAAAAUAGACAUUUCAGGGCUGAAAGAAGAAGAUGUCUCCAAAUUGACUGAAAGAUGCUAUAAUGAGAUGCGGCAGAUCUUCUUCAGGCUCUCCGACAAGCCGUUCAACCCCAGCAACAAGAGCAUGGCCGACUAAUAGACCCACCCGUACGGCACACAGCAUUGUGAAUGAGCCCCAACCGCGCCGGUACUGCACUGUGAGACCUAACCCCCUGGACACACCACUGCGAGUGAGACCUACCCGUGCAGGACACACCACUGCGUGAGAGACCUACCCGUAUCGGGCAGAGCAGUGUAGCCAUACAGAACUCGUACACCCUCCCACUUCCGAUCAUGAGGUACCAAAGAUUUUCCAAGCUGCUAAUGUGUUUUAUACUGGAGAAACGUGGGACGUGCGUCUCUGUGUACUGUCCCAAUCUUUUUUUUUGGGGGGGGGAUUCCAUAAUUUGUGAGUUUAAAGUGUACAAAUCGCAACAUUCUGUCUACACUGGAAAACCGGGUUCACUGUGCAGAUAAUUAUCCUGGGGGACCCUGGGUAUUAAAGUGCUGCGUGUGCUAGAACCAAUGUUUAUUUUCAGUAUUUUAGGAUCGGCCAAAGAGUGACGUUUACCUGUUCUGAAGGCCCUGCCUGCUAGCACACAGACAUGCUCCGUCUGCCUGACGCACAGACAUGUUUCCGGUCUGCCUGACGCACAGACAUGCUCCGUCUGCCUGACGCACAGACAUGUUUCCGGUCUGCCUGACGCACAGACAUGCUCCGUCUGCCUGACGCACAGACAUGCUCCGUCUGCCUGACGCACAGACAUGCUCCGUCUGCCUGACGCACAGACAUGUUUCCGGUCUGCCUGACGCACAGACAUGCUCCGUCUGCCUGACGCACAGACAUGCUCCGUCUGCCUGACGCACAGACAUGCUCCGUCUGCCUGACGCACAGACAUGCUCAGUCUGCCUGACGCACAGACAUGCUCAGUCUGCCUGACGCACAGACAUGCUCAGUCUGCCUGACGCACAGACAUGUUUCCGGUCUGCCUGACGCACAGACAUGUUUCCGGUCUGCCUGACGCACAGACAUGCUCAGUCUGCCUGACGCACAGACAUGUUUCCGGUCUGCCUGACGCACAGACAUGUUUCCGGUCUGCCUGACGCACAGACAUGUUUCCGGUCUGCCUGACGCACAGACAUGUUUCCGGUCUGCCUGUCGCACAGACAUGCUCCGUCUGCCUGAUACGUCCCUGGCUCUGUGUUGUUGUUCUAAGCAAUAUGUUCUAGACGAAUCCUCAGCUAGUUAACCCCUGUAGGAGCACGGAGGGCGGAAGAGGUGUGGCUUCGCCUUCAUUGUUCCUGCAUAUUUCUGUGUAUAACAACGCGCGCUGUGUAGACUGCUGUGUUGUUCAAUCUUGGCUUCAGUAAUUUAUUGGUUUCUAAUUACAGUAUAAAAUACUGUAUAGGUAUUGGGGGGUAAUCUCAAUCACCCCUUAUAUUUUCUUUCUCCAACCGUUAGAGCGUAAUCUAUUGUAACAGCAGACAAUGGACGUCAGUAAGUCUGCAAAGUUUUCUGUUGUUUAUUAACAUAUAUAUUUUAUAUAUAGAUUUAUUGAAGAGAGUCAUUUUUAUAAGUUCAUUAUGCCAAAGUGUUAGAACAUUCCAAAGGGUUCGCAUUGUUCCUCUGUGUGUGUAACAACGGUACGCAAAUUAUGCCGGAGACAUUCCGUGCCGGGAAGAGGAGUCUGGGAGCAGAGACGAAAUCUAUUGGACCUGACUGGUGGCUGUAUGGGUUUUGGAAGGUUGCUGCCCGUAGAUACAUUACAGUGUUUGUUCCUAUGGCCGAUCAGAGAGGAUUAUGGGAUAAUGUGUAAUCAAACCGAAGUGCCUUAAUUAAAAACAAGCCAAGCAAUGUG